AUGGCAGAGGUAGAAAAAAACUCUCAUAAAUGCGUUUUGUGUAAUAGUAAAUUAGAAUCUAAGGAAGCUUUACAGUUACAUUUCAGAAAACAUGCUAAUGGAGAAAUAGAUAGUAAUGUACAGAGCAAAAGUAAAAUAACUUCGAGAAAAUCUACAAAAAAGGAUAUUACUGAAGUAAAAAAAGAAAAGACCAAAGCGAUAGCUUGCGAUGUUUGUGGACAAGAAUUUACUAAUAACACUAACGCAAUACAACACAAGUUUAAAAAACAUCCUGAUGCUUCUGUCAAAUAUGUUUGUUCAUAUUGUGGUAUGCAAUUUACAAUUAAAGCAAUAUUCGAAAAUCAUAUUAAGAGAUCUCACAUAACGGAUAUCAGACAAAAAAAAUCAUUAUACUGCGAGGAAUGCGGUGCAGAAUUUUAUUUUCAGGAAGCCAAAGAAUAUCACUAUAAAUCUACCCAUAAAAGUGUGUACUAUUGUCAUUUGUGUGGAUGUGAAUAUAUGAUCAAAUUUAAUCUUCAAAAACAUUUAGAAAAAGCACACAAUGAAGAUGAAAGAAGUAUAUUACCUAGUGAUUUAAUUCGCUGCACCACUUGUGAUGCUUUAUUUUACAAUCAAAAAGCAUAUGAAAUACAUAAUAUUACACAUAAACCUGAUGAUUUAUAUGUUACCAGCGAGCAACAAAGAUUACAAACUGUUUCAAGAGUAGAUCAAGAUUUUGAUAUUAGAAGGGUUUUGCCUUUUGCUCAAAAAUACCUUCCUACAUUCAAGCAAAAACCAAAAAUUAAUAUAAAAACCGAAAGUGAGAAUCAGGUAAAAGUUAAAGAAGAAGAAUUAUCACCCCCAUCGACUCCUGAAUCUACAGAUAGCGAUUCUGAAGGUGAUGAUGUUCCUCUGUCAAAAUUAAAAAAGAAAACCUUAUUUAAAUAA